AUGGCUGCACAUGUCCCAGUAGCCCCGGGAUACCUCCAGAUGCUGAAGCAAGGAUCCAGGUACUACAGCGGCUUGGAAGAGGUGGUCCACAGAAACAUCGAAGCCUGCAAACAGCUGAGCCUCUGCCUGCGUACCUCCUACGGCCCCAACGGGCUCAACAAGCUUGUCAUCAACCACCUAGACAAGAUCUUUGUGACUGGAGAUGCCUCCUGUAUUCUCAGAGAGCUAGUAGUGGAGCACCCAGCAGCCAAGAUGCUUGUGAUGGCGACCCAGGCUCAAGAGCAGGAGAUUGGCGACGGAACCAGCUUUGUUCUCAUUUUGGCUGGUUCGUUGCUUGAGAACGCAGAGGAGCUUUUGAAGCUUGGGCUUUCGAUUUCCGAAAUCACUGAAGGCUACAAGGUGGCAUCUAAUAAGGCUUUGGAUCUCCUGGAAGACCUGAGCUGCUUGUCCUUAAAGGACAUCCGUGAUGUGACAGAGGUUGCAGCAGCCACCAGACCAUCCCUCGCCAGCAAGCAGUACGGGUAUGAAGACUUCCUAGCCACGCUAGUAGCCAAGAGCUGUGUGUCCACCAUACCCAAGUCUGGGGAGUUUAGCGCAGAGAGCGUAAGAAUUUGCAAAAUCAUAGGGGCCAGUGUGGAAGAUUCAGUGAUGCUUGAGGGCAUGGUCUUUAAAAGAGAAACAGAAGGGACUGUCAACUAUGUACAAGAUGCCAAGGUAGCAGUCUAUAAUUGCGCCUUUGACUCCACCAAGCCUGAAACAAAAGGUACAGUGCUUCUCAAGAGCGCUGGGGAAUUUAUGGAUUUCAGAAAGGGCGAGGAGGCCUUGAUGGAAAGCCAUGUCAGAGACAUUGCAGAAGCAGGAGUCAACGUGGUGGUGGUUGGAGCCAAAAUAGGAGACCUUGCUCUCCACUACGCAGACAAGUACAAGCUAAUGGUGGUCAAAAUGACCUCCCGGAAUGAUCUGCAGCGGCUGUGCAAAGCUCUAGGCGCUACCCCCUUGCUGAGUCUCAUCCCUCCUACAGAAGAUGAGCUCGGCAGCUGCAGUAAGGUCUACCUGCAAGAGGUUGGCGACACCCAAGUGGUCGUUUUCAAGCAGAACCAAGAAUGCCCCAUGUCGACCAUCCUAUUGCGCGGUUCUACGGACAGACUUUUAGACAACAUUGAAGAAGCUGUUAACGAUGCAGUGAGCACCUACAACACUCUAAUCAGAGACCCGCGCCUGGUGCCAGGGGCUGGGGCCACUGAAAUGCAGCUGGCAGUCAAGAUAGCGGAUUUCAGUCAAUCUGUUCCUGGUCUAGAGCAGUACGCCAUUCACGCUUAUUCCAAGUCAUUGCAGUCCAUCACACAAGCUCUGGCCGAGAAUUCAGGUACCCAGACCAACCCAGUGAUGUCGAAGCUGUACUCCCUUCACCAGCAAGGCGAGAGCAGCGCAGGGGUCAGCGCUGAUGGAGAGGGCACUGAUUUGAUAGAUGCCUCCGAAGCUGGCAUCCUAGACCCUUUGCUUUCGAAGCACUGGGGUAUCAAGCUGGCUUCCGAGGCUGCAAUCACCGUACUGGGUGUAGACCAGAUCAUAAUUGCCAAGAAAAGUGGGGGUCCCAAGCCAAGAGGAGAGAACCCCAAUUGGGACGUCCCCCAUGAUGCAAUCGACAACUGA